UUAAUUUUGAAUUUUCCCCCUACCUUUCCAAGAAAUAGCCGUUGUAAGCUUACUCAUAUUAAACCCCAACGAUAUGGAAAAAGCAAAAAGUUCUUCCCAAGAUCUUACACAUCAAUUCCAACAAUCUCACUGCUCAAACCCUAGUUCCUAAGAGAAUUUGGAGGACAAAAAAAUGGCUUCAAGCAUUGGAAUCAUGGAUUCGGCUUACUUCGUUGGCAGAUCUGAGAUCCUUUCAUGGAUCAACUCCACUCUCCACCUCAAUCUCUCCAAAGUUGAAGAGUCUUGCUCUGGUGCGGUCCAGUGCCAGUUGAUGGAUGCGGUUCAUCCAGGGAUGGUGCCGAUGCAUAAGGUCAAUUUCGAUGCGAAAAGCGAGUACGAAAUGAUUCAGAACUAUAAGGUUCUUCAAGAUGUAUUCAACAAGCUCAAGAUCACGAAGCAUAUCGAGGUUAGCAAGCUUGUGAAAGGUAGACCACUUGAUAACUUGGAGUUCAUGCAAUGGAUGAAGUGGUACUGUGAUUCGAUCAACGGAGGAGUUCUACACAAUUAUAACGCUUUAGAAAGAAGAGAAGCCUGCAAGGGAGGGAAAGAAGCUAGUAAGAAAUUUGCAGCCUCUCAAUCAUCAUCCAAGAACUCAGUGGCUACAUCUAGAUCUCAAACCUCUCAAAAUGCAAGAAGAAAUGAAGUAACUGCUAAUGUCAACUCAGCAAAUCAAUCAGGAAAAACUUCAAGGCCUUCCUCUAGUUCUGGAGCAGCAGUAUAUGAUGAACAGAUCACAGAGUUGAAACUUUCAAUUGACAGCCUUGAGAAGGAAAGAGAUUUUUACUUUGCCAAAUUGAGGGAUAUUGAGAUUCUAUGCCAGAGUCAUGAGAUACAGGACUCUAAUGUUGUAAGAGCAAUAAAGAAGAUUUUGUAUGCUGGGGAAGAUGAUGCAUCAGUAGUGGUAGAAGCUCAAGCAAUGGUGUCCAUGGCUACCCAAAAGGAAGGUGAGACCAGAAGUCAAGGGAUUUCUGCAAAUCUGGAAACUCAGAAGAGAAAAAAUAUUCAAAAUCUUGAUGUUGAUGCUGUGGGGAUUACAACAUUGUCCCCCAGGCAGAGAAUUUCUGGUGUUUCUGAUGUUCAUUGCAGUGGUUCACCACUUUUGACUUACUGAUUAUGGAUGGAACUCUUCAACAUCCUUUGCAUUCGAUCCACAGCAUUUUACAGUGUAAAAGCAAGUAAUUCAUUUACAGUACAUUUUCAUUUUGGGAGAUGAAAUCUGAAACUUUCUGUUUAAAAUGAUUUUAAACUGCUGCUGUAGAAUGUAUACUCAGAUUCAGACAGAUAAUGAAAGAAUAUUUUCAUGGGAAAUUUAGCAGAUACGAGUUUU